AUGUCGGCCACCGCGCUCUUCCUGCCCGCAAACCCAAACUCCACGCCUAGUCCCGCUAGCACUCUCCGGCAACCUGCGCCGGCUUCCACCUCCGGAAAGCUCCACUUCCCGCUCCGCCUCCCCCGCCAUGCCCGCUCUAGGACCUAUCGCCCCGCCGCGUUCGGGAGGGGAUCGCCUGUGGCCGGGCGUAAAGAGAAGGACCACUACGCCACGCUGAACAUCCGCCGCGACGCCACGCUCCAGGAGAUCAAGGCUGCCUACCGGAUUCUCGCCCGCAAGUACCAUCCUGAUAUGAAUAAGAGUCCUGAAGCAGAAGAGAAGUUCAAGGAGAUCAGUGCUGCAUAUGAGGUUCUAUCUGAUCAAGAUAAAAGAUCUUUAUAUGACCGCUUUGGAGAAGAGGGGCUCAGUGGUGAUUACAGAGAUGAUAUUGGCACACAUGGGAUUGAUCCAUAUGAACUCUUCAAUGCAUUCUUUGGUGGUUCUGACAAGCUUUUUGGGGAUAGUAUGGGCUCUGGAGGAUUUCAUUGUAGUGCAGAAGCAAAGGGCAAUAGGGCACUUAAUAUCAGAAUCCAUCCUCGAGUCAAACGUGAAAUCAAUAUUUUCGUCAUGAAACUUGUGGCACCUGCCAUGGAACUGGAGCUAAAUGUAGCAAUGACAUUACAGAAUGCACCCGAUGCAGAGAUAUCUUCAUGCUUAAAUUGUGAAGGCAGCGGAAGGGGUGCAAGUGGUGACCUGUAUAUAUUUGUUCGCAUUAAUGAAAAACAAGGCAUCCACAGAGAUGGUCUCAAUUUAUACUCAGAGGUUUCAGUUGAUUAUACUGAUGCGAUUUUAGGAACCACAGUGAAGGUUGAAACAAUAGAAGGACUCAAGGAUCUCCACAUUCCUCCUGGCACUCAGCCUGGAGAGAACUUAAAAUUUUGUCAACUGGGAGUUCCAGACAUUAAGAAGCCUAAUGUCAGAGGAGAUCACUACUUCAUGAUAAAGGUGAAGAUCCCGAAGAGUAUCAGUGGCCAGGAACGUUUGCUGGUUGAAGAGCUUGCCACACUAAAGAAAGCUCAGAAUAUCUCAGUUCCCGAAAUUACAAAAAUAGAAAAUUUUCGGGAGAGAAACCAUCAUCCAUCUGCAAAGAGAAGAUCGUUCUGGGGAUCUGUCUGGAAUUUGUUCAGGGAUGAUAAAGGUGAUCAGAGAUUUGCUUCAAUCAGUGUGCAACCUAUUAUCCCAGGAUGGAAUUCUGGCCGAGGAACUGAUACUGCUGUCCCCUUGCUGUUAAAAGGAUUCCUCAUGACCGCAGCAUUCUUAUUUGUAAUCAGCAGAACCAGUAAACUCAGGUACAUUCGGAAGCGUGUUGACCGUCCAACUCAAGCCAAAAUACCUGCAGAGCCAGAGUGA